AAGGAAGUUCCGCUGAACCGCUGAAAGCUAAACCAGCGGAUCUCUGUGGUGAUCUUGGCGUGAGGUUGUCCACAUCGCAUCUCUUUGACAAGGCAGUUGGCACCGAAUCGGGGAGGAUUGAGGAUGGCGACGACACCUGAGGCUGCUGGCAGCAGCGGGUACCACCGCCUCGAGAGCGAAGAUCCCGCUGCCGGGCCCUAUCAUGGUGAGGCGAACGGACGCCCUCCGCUGCAGCACAGAGGUGGGAAGGAAGCAAGGCACACACGCACACUCACGACAAACACACACCUCCGUCGUGCAGGCAAUGUGCUAUUUAUUGCCUGAUUUCCUUCCUGUGUGCAACUAACUGGUCAGGUUCUGGCCCCAUCCACACGUUUGCCCGAGAUGUGGCGGUUCGGAUGAGUGCCACAGUGCGGAAGAUUGAGGACUCCGGCGAGUCGAUGAGGGUGGAGGUCAUCGUCUUCUGCCUCUAUCACCUCCCGGUGAGCUAGCGCAUCGUGAGCAAACAGAGAGAGGGAUGGCGGAGAAGUGCUUCUCACUUGUGUCUGUGUGUGUGUGUGUGUGUGUGUGUUCGACCGGGCGUGGCUUGCCUUUGUGCGAAGGAGUGCUGCGACGGCGAGGAGCGUGUGCAUUCCCACGGUCGGUGUCGCCACUGGAAGAUCGUCAAUGACGUGAGCCAGCUCCCGUGGCACCCACACCUCGUCCUCAGAGCCAGCGACACCAGGGACUUCGUUCCUGAGAUGUGGUCAGCUCAACACACACACACAGACAUACGCACACCCACACAGACGCACACACACACACAGCCUCUCGGCAAACCCCUUUAGCAUCCUUGUUGUGUUUCUGUCUGUCUGUCUGUCUGCCUGUCUGUCUGCCUGUCUGCAGCGCUUUCAAUCUGUGCAGCGGUGUGUGUGUGUACCUCAAGUCGUGGUCGGCCGACAUGUACGUUUCGCUGGACCUCAAGGCUUUCCCCUUCGACCAGCAGUUGCUGCCCAUCCGCCUCUUCUGCACCAACGCACGCAUGAUGCCACAAAUCGACCUCUCAUUCGCCGCGUGGGCGGGAGGGCCCGGAUGGUAUGUACGGUACACACAACACAACACACGUGAUCGAGAUACAGACAGACAGAGAGUAUCCGAUAGAUGAGAUGGAGCCAGCCACUCACCUCACUCACCUCACCUGGGCAUCUAUCUGUCGCAUUACUGCAUGGUACGGUGCCUGCCUUCCUUGUGGUGUGCAGGUGGCCCGACCUGCCGUUUGUGAUUGACAGUUUGUGCGAGAUGGCGGUGCAGACGAGCUCGUGGCAUGUGGAUGAGGUGGAGCCGCUGCGAUUCAGCAGCAGCGACUUCAGCAGCCUCUCCACCACCUGGAUGCUCGCGCACGUCCAGCGGAGCUCCCACUUCUUCCUCUGGAACAUCAUCAUUAUCAUGUGAGCGACGUGCCUGUAGGUAGCUAAUGGCCGUUUGGAGGCUUGUGUGUGUGUGUGUGUGUGUGCGUGUGUGUGUGUGUGUGCGUUGCGUAGGUUCCUGAUCGUGUGCAUUCAGUUUGCCUGCAUUGGGAUCCACUUGACCAACUUCGCCGACCGGGCACAGUUCUGCGUCACCCUCUUCCUCACCGCAGUCGCCUUCAAGCUGGCCGUCGCACAAAGGUGGGUGGGGAGGGAACACACAGAUCCUCACAGUCAGCUGCGCCACCCUCUCCUCUCUCCAUCUUUGUGUGUGUGUGUGUGUGUGUGCGUGUGUCGUGUUGGUUGGCCAACCACUCCAGCCUCCCCCCACUGAGCUACCUCACCUUCAUGGACAAGUAUAUCAUCGUGUGUUUCGUCGUCUUGUCCGCAUUCAUCGUCGAGUCCCUCAUCGUCAGCCACAUCGCCCACGGCUGGGGAAGCGAAGCGCUCGCCCAACAGGUCGAUUUCUGGUUCUACAUCGUCUCCUCGGCAUCCUGGGGCGUGUUCCACGUCUGGCUCUUCUGCAAGAGUGGGGUGGCUGACGUCUUGGCGGAAAGGAAGCACAGGCGGCUGUGUGGGGAGUCGGGGGGGGACGACGAGAGGGAGCCGCUCAGCAAGGGGAGGCAUGCGGCCGUACGGCCCGUCAAGAAGGGGUCGCUCAUGUCGUCGAUGAUGAAGCAGGACACGUGGGAGAUCAAGGAGGAGCUCACGCAGAGGACAAUGGACUAUGACACCUGAAGGGAAGGCCAGGCUCUUGCCUUGUAUGUCUGUGUGCAGCGAGUGCAUGCCCUUGAGUGUCUGUGUGUCUGUGUGCAUGGCAUGAGUCAGUCUUCCUGGUCAAGUAGGGCGUCCUAGGCUUUGUGUGGCCGUUCUUCGUACCUAAUUUGUGUGCCGUGCCAGUCGAGUCGGGGAUGGGUGUCGGUGUGGGUGUGGGCCAGCGGGCGGGGGGUGCGUGGACUUACCGUAACUUCAGAUAGAUAAACAGCUUGUCGCUAUGUGGUUUUUAUAUCAGGGCGUUCCGUGCCGAAGGAGAGCGUUGCAGUGCACGGCUGCGAUACGCACCCCUUUGCACACGCAUCUUUUUCACCAGGGACGCGUGGAUGAAUCAGAAC